UUGAUGUAGUAUCUAAGGAACCUGCAGCGUUCCCCUUUGCUCACUUGUGUGUGUUGAUUUCCACGCAACAUGCAGAAUUCAUGGAGUUUUUAAUGACUCGCCUUGUUAAAAAAUGUCCAUAUGUCUUACCACGCUAUCAUAUUCAACAGGCCAAUCAAAGUCCGGAAGAAUAUAAGAAGCAAAUAUCAUAUAAGCCAAAUGAAGACAAAGAUGCUUAUGUUAAUCGAAUGUGUGCAAUCGUAGCCCUAUAUUGUGCAAUAAUGCAAACAGAACCUUUAUAUCCUCAACUUAAAAAUCCAUAUUAUAUUGACAACGCUUGGACAUAUCUAGCGCGUUUAAUGAAUCUGAGGCCUCAAAAAAUUACGCCAUCGCUUCUUUAUAUUUGCUUAAAGAUUACUGGUUCGAGUCUUUAUCGUGCAUAUAAUCAUCACGCAUUGAAAUUAUUUUCUGUUGUCUACAAAAGCUACGUUCAAAACCCGCCUUUGGAAGUUCAAUCAUUGUUGACAAGCUCACCGGCUGCAAUGUCCAGAUUACGAACAUUACUUGAAGAUGCGUCUAAAAAAGGACAAUUUCCA